AUGGACCGAAGAAUUUCGAAACAGAUUAUGCUUGCGGGGAUAUUGGACACGCUGAGAGGUGCUCUCCAGCCCCGUUAUGGACUGAUAGAGGUUGUGGCCCUUGUUGUCUUGGCGUGGGCCAUUGGGAGAGUGUGGACAUACUCAACAUCACCAUUGAGAAAAUAUCCAGGACCAUAUCUUGCAGGUUGGACAAACCUGUGGAGAUUCUACCAUGUACUGAAACUCAACUCUCAUUUGGUAGUUGACGAACUGCACCGUAAAUACGGUCCAGUGGUUCGCAUUGGGCCGAAUCUGCUCAGUCUUUCAGACCCUUCACUGAUUAAGACGAUUUAUAAGUUUGAGAAUGACUGGGAGAAAACUGAAUUCUACCAUGGUGGUUCAACAAGAUCAUGGACCGGCAAAGUCACAUACAACAUAUUCGGCAUUUCAGAUAGAAAAGAGCAUGCUAGAGUCAGACGACCAAUUGGCAAAUUAUACUCCAUGUCUUAUGCCCUGGGUAUCGAGAAACAUGUCGACAACGCAAUCUCUCAGCUGUGGGAAGAACUCGAAACUCGCUUUAUUGAAGGCCAAAACAAAGGAAAAUCAUGCGAGUUGGAUCAAUGGUUCCUAUACUAUUGUUGGGACGUUGUUGGCGACAUCACCUUCAGCCAGCCCUUCGGCUACAUGAAGCACGGUUACGACUUUGACGGUUCACUAGCGGACUCUGAGAUGGCCAUGAAUUAUCUUGCCACUGUUGGACAGAUCCCAGUUUUGGACUUUGCGGUCGCCCAAAAUCCCAUCUUGAAGCUCCUUUCCAAAGCACCAUUCACGACGGCAAAUACAAUUGCGCGGGAACGUCUCGAGAACAGACUGGCUGGAAAGGAUGGGCAUAUACACGAUGUUGCGAAUCCUGAUUUCCUGGACGGGUUUAUCGAGGCGCAAAAGUCGCACCAGGAUAUAGUCACUUCGGGGCAACUUCAGAGCUAUCUUCUUAUAAACCUCAUUGCAGGCGCCGAUACAACCGCCAUCACCCUAACAGCGACGGUAUACCUGGGUCUCAAGCAUCCCAAAGUGUGGCAACGUUUAGAAAAUGAGGUUCUAAGCGCCAAAUUACCAACAGAUCGACCGAUAUCGUACAAAGAAGCUCGUGAGCUACCCUACUUGGAUGCCGUGAUACGUGAGGCAAUGAGACUUCACCCUGCAGUCGGGAUGCCGCUCGAGCGCUACGUGCCAUCCUCUGGUCUUCACUUGCCAGACGGCAGUUUCGUCCCAGAGGGAUUCAUGGUAGGAAUGAACCCGUAUAUUGUUAAUCGGACCAGUCCCUUUGGCGAAGACAGUGAAGUCUUUAGACCAGAGCGCUGGCUGCAAGGCCCUAAAGAGAGCGUCGAGAAGUACAAUGAACGGCUUCACGGAAUGAAUAACGCGGAUAUUACGUUUGGAGCCGGCAGCCGUAUGUGCGGUGGGAGGCACAUUGCAAAUCUGGAAAUAUACAAGGUCAUUUCGACGCUUGUGCAGAGAUACAAGCUUGAGCUUGUUGAUCCGGAGAAGGAGUGGACAGUGAAGAAUGGUUGGUUUUUGAGGCUGUCCGGUGUGAAUGUCAGGAUGGAACGUCGAUAA